AUGAUUAAAAGGACACUCUCAUCCGUAAAUGGGAUACAGAAACCAUUAGUAUUUUAUUCUCUUCGGAGAAUAGGUAUUUUUGCGUUUCACGAUGAUCAUCCAUCGCUGUGUUUGACCGAUCGUCUAUACGAAAAGUCACCAGUGGUUGGAGGGUGUGAGUGCUUCUGA